UAGAUUCUUCCUUGAACUGGGAACUAACCUUGUUCGACGAAUCUCAGAGCGUUUCGUGUUUCCCAUCGGAAGAAGAAAAGCACUUGUACUUACUAUUUGAACCUACAAGGUUUUAUUCGAGUCGAAGCUCGUUGGGUUUUUUAUUAGUAAAACUCGAAGCAGGUUUGGAGAUUUUUUUGUCGAAUCUGUUAGGUUUGAUCUAAAUUGAAGGAAGAAGAUGACGAUGCUGAGGAUCCGAAGCAGAGAUGGAUUGGAGAGAGUGAGCGUAGAUGGAGGAGCUCACGUAACAGUCUCCCAACUCAAAACCCUAAUCCAAGAUCAGCUUCAGAUCCCAAUCCACAACCAAACCUUAUCCACCGAUCGCAACCUUCUCCUCGCCAAGUCUCCUUCUGAAUUCCUUGCCUUCACCGACAUGACCGAUCCUAACCUCCCUAUCUCCUCUCUCAAUCUCUCCCACGGCUCUAUCCUCUACCUCGCUUACGAAGGCGAGCGUACCAUCCGCGGUGGUCCCGCCGUCACUCCCGCCGGCUCCUUCGGUAAGAAGAUGACCGUCGAAGAUCUCAUCGCUCGUCAGAUGCGCGUCGGCCGCCAGGAGACGUCUCACUGCGACUCUGUCUCCUUCGAUCGCGGUUGCGCCAAUGCGUUUCAGCAUUACGUCAACGAGUCCCUCGCCUUCGCUGUCAAGCGCGGUGGCUUCAUGUACGGGAACGUCUCUGAGGAUGGUCAGGUUGAGGUCGAUUUCAUCUACGAGCCACCGCAGCAGGGCAUGGAGGACAAGCUCAUUCUCAUGAGAGAUGCUGUUGAAGAGAAGCGUGUGGAUGCGAUUGCUUUGGGGUUAGGGAUGAGGAGGGUUGGGUUCAUAUUCAACCAGACCGUGACGCAGGACAAGAAGGAGUACACUUUGUCCAAUGUUGAGGUGUUGCUUGCGGCUCAGCUUCACGCUGAGAGCGAGUUGAAGGAGUGGGUCACUGCUGUUGUGAAGCUUGAGAUCAACGAGGACGGUGGUGCGGAUGUCCACUUCGAGGCUUUUCAGAUGAGUGAUAUGUGCGUUAGGUUGUUCAGGGAAGGAUGGUUUGAGACGGAGAUUGGAUCUGAUGAUGAUCCCAAGCUCUCCAAGAUGAAGAAAGAGGUUGUUGUUGGUGUCAAGGAUCUUAAAGAAGUCGAUAAUGAUUUCUUCCUCGUUGUUGUCAAGAUCUUGGAUCAUCAGGGAUCGCUGUCGUGUACCUUCCCGAUAGAGAACCGGAGCAUUCAAACAACAAUGCGGGCUUUGAAAACACAUAUGGAGCGAACAAGGAGCCUCCCUUUUGUGAAGAGGAUCUCUGAUUUUCAUCUUCUUCUCUUUGUUGCCCAGUUUCUAGACGUAUCAUCAGACGUCCCAGCGUUGGCUGAGUGCGUCCGUCUCCAGUCUCAUGUCCCUGAGGGUUAUGAGUUGCUCAUCGAGUCCAUGGCCGCUACUUCUUAGUUUUUCGUCUUUUAUCUCUCUUUCUGUAUGCCUUGCUCGAGUAUCGAUCUUGUCAAACGUUAGCACUUUUGAGUGAGUGCCUUCGUUCGUAGACCAGACAAGCUUACAAGAGUUUGGCACUUCCUUAGUUUUUUUACAAGUCUGUGUGUUCAUAUUCUAUCCUUCAGAUUUUUGUGUACAAGUUUUACUUAUUUCUUUAAAUUAUCUUUUUUUAUACGCAAUAUAAAAUGAAGAAAAUUUGAAGGAGAAA